GGUUCAGGGGCACAGAUCGAGGCCUACUCUCCGGGAGCACGUAUGGAUUAUUCUCCGUGCAUCAGUGGUCGUCUGCACCUCUUCUUCGGUCUCGAUCUUCAUGAUUACAAGGUUAACAAGCCAGCAGAUUUCUUAUUAGAACUGCUGUCCCAAAUGGCCGCUCAGCUAGUUCAUUUCUUAAGGAUUAAGCAAAUUAUCAUAAUGUCUAUCGUUGGUAGUCGCAAUGUCAGAAAUGGCUCUUCAUUACCAACCACCAUAUUCGCGAGAGCUCCUAAGUUCCAAAUAUGGGCCAGCACGAUCCCUUUGGUUCAGAUUUGGAGCUUCAGAAUUACACGUCUUGAGUACCGGCUAGGUGGUGGCCCCACUUUAUUUUAUUUUGAUGGCCUUCGCAAUCAUACUCUAUGUUCUAGGUCAGGCAGCCACCAUCAUCUUUAUUCCAAUGAGUAA